CACUGACAGCUGUCACUUUGGCAUUUUUCCAAAAUGAAAAAUCCAAACAAGUCGGCAUUUUUUACAAUUUUAUAAACAAAUAGACGUUAAUUCGCGAUUACAAAUUAAAAAAAAUGAAUUUUACUUACGCCUUGCUAAUAGUUUACCUUACAAGCCCUAUUCUAACACGGGCUGCUCUCUUGGGAGCGCAUAACGUGCAUUAUCUGGAGCAAGACGAAACUUACAAAUUCAGUCCACCGCCUUACAGUAACAGGCAACUGCAAAUAUUUUGUUACCAGGGCAAGCCAAAAAAUGUGAUACAUAUUUGGCAAAGCGUCCUUCUUAAAAUAACGCAUCCAACCGACAAUUUUGACCAAUAUGAUGGACCAACGCCAGAGCAGGUCCACCAAGAAUACUUGGAUAAAAAGUACAGCUGGUCAGUUAACUUAUUUGCUACAAAAUCAAAAAACAUGAAAUUGAACCCGUUUAACACUAGCUGUAUUGGACUUGAUAGUCGAGAUGCAUAUUCUGUAAACCUAAAAGUUAUUAGAAUUGAUUUAUGGAAAGUGCUCUGUUUAGUCAUUGGUGUUGGUCUAUUCCUCAGUGCCCCAACAUUGAGCCAUAACACAAUUUUCCACUAUUUAUGCGGUGUGUCUUUUGGAAUAUGUGCUUCAUUUUUGAUUUUGAUUUAUUUCAUUAGUCGAAUAUUUCCCAGGAAAACUUUGAUGUAUGGAGUCAUAGGAGCAGGCUGGACCAUUGUAAUUUAUUUUUUGCAAAUAUUAUGGGACAACCUUAAAGUAAUAAUGUCGACUUAUCAAAUUUAUGUGAUUUGGUACAUAGUUUUUACAGGAACGCUCAGUUUCAUUUUGUGUUACAGGUGGGGCCCAGUAGAAAACCCAAAAACAAAAAAUCUAAUUAAAUGGACCUUACAAGCUUUAGGGAUAGCAAUGAUAUUCUUUAGCAGUCACUAUCAAGAAGCUGCGAUGGGACAGAUUAUAUUGCUUUUAAUUUUCACUUAUUUGCCUAGAAGGUGGGUUAUGCCAUUCAAGAGGUACUGGAAAAAGAGGUUUCCACCAAAAAUAACACCUCUCUCAAACGAUGAAUACUAUGAGCAGGGGGUGAGGGAAACGGCAAAAGCCUUGUCUGAAUUAAGGGAGUUUUGCUCUAGUCCCCAGUGUAACCAGUGGAAGACUGCCUUGAAAAUAAAGGAUGUAAAAAGGUUUGCAUCGUUCAUGGAGGGAAACUCGCACUUAAGCGACGAAGAAAUAUUGGAAUACGAAACGUCAAUCAGGGGCGAAUUGACCGACGACAGUACGGAAAGUGAAAUGUCAGAAGACGAAAGUAGUUAGCGAGCCUUUUUUUUAUAUUUAAUUUAAUUUAUACUCUCUUUGAAGACUGUCUAAUUUGUGAAUUAUAGUUAAGGAAAUAAAAGAUAUUUUUAAUAAA